ACGGACAUUGAUAUUCUUUUUUCUUUUUCACACUGGCUAUUUACUAAAUACUGGGUCUUAAAUCUUAAAACUAUAUUUAUAUGGUUUAUUAUUUAGUACAAAAGGCCUUUAAAUGUCAGGGUUAUUGUAUUUAUAUAUAUUACAAUAGGCGGCAGUGAUGAUCAUCACUUGGAAUUAAAUUUAUUCUGUAAUGAAAUCUGAAAAAUCCUCGCACGAUUCAACUUAAUUGUAAUUUUAACUGAGUUCAAACUUUUAAAUGGAAAUGUAUUGAUUCUUGGGUAAUACAAUUUAACAGUUUUAUGCUCAUUAAUACGCCCAUAUCUUGGCCGUUUUUAUUAUUUUAUUUAACCUUUGUAAUAAAAGACAGUCAAAAGGAUCGUAUUCUGACAUCUUGAUAAUUUGUUUAAUAAUAGAUAUACAUAAAUUAACACUAUAUUAUUAUCUUAUCUAGUUGAUAACGAUGAGUUUUCCUUGUAAUAUUUGUACAUAAUGUUAUUUCUACCUUGUAAAUAAUUUUAGGUGUUUCAUUAUUUGUGAUGUGAUAUAUUUUCAUAUUUAUGUUACUUGUUAUAUUGGUUUUAUCAGUAUCCUACUGGCCACAGAAUUUAUUGCUACUUUGAAAAUAUUGAUUUUAAAUAAAAAAUUGUAUUAUUUUUCUUUUAUGUGCAACCUAUCUUAAAAAUUACACUAUUUGACAUGACGUCAGAAAAUGGAAAAAAUGUUGAAGUUGCUGAUGAUGAUAGUGAAAUCAAAUCUGUACACGAUGCGUACCAAAAAGAAUUAUUGCGCAUUAACAAUAAGCAUAUCAUCUAUUUAAAUAAAGUGGAGAAAUAUUACAAAGAACAAAUAAUUUCUGCGUCCAAGACAAAUUCAUCGGUAUCAAUUACCUUUGUAGAAACUGUACAAACAUUGUUUCAGCGUUAUCAUCGCCAGUUAAUGGAUGUAGAUGAGAAUUAUAAAUCCAAAUUAAAUGCGUUGAAUGAAAAAUUGGAUGCUGUUGUCGACAGUUACCAAGCUGUAAUUCAAAUGUAUGAGAAAAGGCAAAAGAGUUACAUUAAUCAGAUAUUAGAAUUAAAAGAGACAAUUGACAAAGAAACUAAAUCAAAAUUAAAUUUAUUAUCCAAAAUUGUAAUUCUGGAAAACGAAAAUGCUGUUUUAAAAUCAAACAUCAGUAAUGGUUAUACAUCCAAAAAAAAGUCAAUGCCAGAGUUUGAAUUAAGAUUUAUUCAAUAUGUCAUAGUUGGCAUUCUUUUAUGGAGUUUAGCAACCAAAUGGUAUGAAGAAAAGAGUUAUAUGUCUAUUGAUCAUAUUAGUAUUCCAUAUGGUUUACAGAUGACAUUAUCAGUUACUGUUUUGCUAAUGUUUUGGAAUUUAGUAAGAUUUGGAAAAAACGGAAAACUUGCAAUUAUUGCAAGCGUGAUAAUAAUAUGUGGAAUUAUUUAUGGAAGUUUAUUAUUUUUUGAGAGAAGUAAUUAUUUUUAAUUUAUUUUUGUUUAUUCAGUGUGCCUUUGUUACUAUAUUUUUUUACAAAUUUCUUCUAAAAGACUGUCAUAUUUUUAUUCAUAAUUUUGCUUGCCAUAAAAUAUUUUUAUCUUUUAU